GUUGCUAGUCAAUCCAAUAAAAGUCCCUCUCUCUCUCUCUCUCUCUCUCUCUCUCUCUCUCUCUCACACACACACACACAAAUUCAUUAUGCAACCUCGACAAUGGAUUAGCGUCACCACGAUCUGUGCAGCUCUCAUCCAAGCAUGUUUAACUGCAAACUCCCUCCCAGAGGCUGAUAAAAUUACCAGUUUGCCACAUCAACCACAGGCCAAUUUCCAGCAAUAUGCAGGAUAUAUAACUGUGGAUGAAAAGCAACAGAGGUCACUUUUCUACUACUUUGUUGAAGCAGAAACUGAUCCUGCUUCAAAGCCUCUUGUUCUUUGGCUUAAUGGAGGGCCUGGUUGUUCAUCUGUUGGAAUUGGAGCUUUCGGUGAGCAUGGACCUUUUAAGCCAAGUGGAGACAUUCUGCUCAAGAAUGAUUUUAGUUGGAACAGAGUAGCAAAUAUGCUAUAUUUGGAGUCACCAGCAGGAGUUGGCUUCUCCUACUCAGCAAACAAAUCAUUCUAUGGUUUCGUGAACGACGAAAUAACAGCACGAGAUAAUCUCGUGUUCCUUCAGCGCUGGUUCGACAAAUUCCCAGACUACAAAAACAGGGAUUUUUUUAUCAUCGGAGAGAGCUAUGGAGGCCACUAUGUUCCUCAGCUUGCACUACUCAUUGUCCAAUCAAAACUGAAGUUCAAUCUGAAAGCAAUAGCUAUAGGCAAUCCGCUUUUGGACUUCAACACUGAUCUCAACUCAAAAGCGGAGUACUUGUGGUCGCAUGGGUUAAUAUCCGAUGCGACCUUUGAAAUUUUCACUUCAGUCUGCAACUAUUCUCAAAUUUAUAGACAGAGUGUAAUUCAAAAUGCUCCGCUUAGCCCUGAUUGUACUGCAGUAAAUAACCAAGUUCACACAGAAGUCAGUAAAUUUAUCAACAAUUAUGAUGUUUCUCUUGACGUCUGUUUAUCAUCAGUUGUUGCUCAAUCUCAGAUGCUGAAUCAACUGCAAAACACAGAGAAGCUGGAUGUCUGCGUUGAAGAUGAAACACAUACAUACUUCAACCGACCAGACGUCCAGGAUGCACUUCAUGCUCGUCUAAUUGGAGUCGAAAACUGGACAAUGUGCAGCAACCGAAUUGUCAUCAAGUACGAAAUGCAAAAUCUGGAAACACCAAUGCUUCCUCUUUUAGGUGCACUUGUAAACUCUGGAAUCCGGAUUUUGGUUUACAGUGGAGAUCAAGAUUCUGUUAUCCCUCUAACUGGGACACGGACACUGGUGCAUAGAUUGGCCAAGGGCUUGGGACUGAAAACGACUGUGCCUUACAGAGUCUGGUUUGAAGAAAAACAGGUUGCUGGAUGGACACAAGUAUACGGGGAUGUUUUAUCGUUCGCCACCAUAAGAGGCGCAGGUCAUGAAGCUCCAAUAACACAGCCAGAGAGAUCACUGCUUCUGUUUAGUUCAUUUGUGGGAGGAAAGCCAUUGCCAGAAGCACUCUCUCACUGAAGGUCUCGUAUCAUUCAUCAUCUGGAUAUCGAUUUAUUCACCAGCUUGUCAUGUCAAACAAGCUUCAUCGGAUCAGUAUUUAUGGAAUAAAAGUGAACAAGUUGUAACAAAACCAGUUUAUUAAGAAUAAUAAGCGCAAUGAGUGCUUUUUCUCUUUACCAGUUGGAACAUGUGAAGGAGGAAUUACAAGCAAACUAAGCACACUUUAGAA